CUCAUCUGGUACUACAUGGGUUGGGAGUACGGAUUGCCGUCGCUCCUGAUCACCUUGGUGGCGGUGUUCAUUGCGAGCGGCUGGUGGCGCUGGUGGUACAUUGCCUUCGUGACCGCACCGCGCGACAUCAAAGCUCUCACGAGAUACAUCAAGCUGCUGGGUUUGGUGCGGAAGCAUGCGAAGAACAAUGCCACGAUCGGCGAUGUGUUCGCCGAGUUCGUCUCGAAGCAGCCGGAAAAAGCGUGCCUAAUUUUCGAGGGCCGUACUUGGACGUUCCGGGAGGUUAGCGACUACUCGAACCGACUGGCGAAUGUGUUCCACGCGCACGGCUACAAGCAUGGCGAUGUGGUGGGUUUGCUGCAAGAAAACCGGCCCGAAUUCGUCGCCACCUGGCUUGGGCUGUCGAAACUGGGCGUGAUCGUGCCGCUGAUCAACCACAAUCUGCGCAAGAACGCCCUGAUGCACAGCGUUACGGUGGCCAACUGUAAUGCGCUCAUCUACGGCGAGGCACUGGCGGACGCGGUGGCCGAAAUUGCCGACACGCUGCCCUCCUCGGUGGCCCUUUAUCAGGUGAACGAGACGCCGGACCGACCGCUGCUCGCCAACUCCAAGGACCUCACGACGCUAAUGCAGUCCGCCUCCAAGGACCUGCCGACGAGCGGUGUGAAGAAGCCGAGCCACCACGAUAAACUGAUCUACAUCUACACCUCCGGUACGACCGGUUUACCGAAGGCGGCCGUCAUCACCCACUCUAGGUACAUUUUCAUUGCCGCCGCCAUCUCGCUGGUCGCCGGAUUUCGCGCCGACGAUACGUUCUACACCCCACUGCCACUGUAUCACACCGCCGGCGGUAUGAUGAGCAUCGGUCAGGCACUCCUAUUCGGAGCCACGGUGGUUACGCGCAAGAAGUUCUCCGCCUCGCAGUUUUUCACCGAUUGUCAGAAAUACAACUGCACGAUCGCCCAGUACAUUGGAGAGAUGUGCCGGUACAUCCUAGCAACUCCGCCGUCUGCAGCCGACAAAGCACACAAGGUGCGGCUCAUAUUUGGCAACGGACUUCGGCCUCAAAUCUGGCCACAGUUUGUCGAGCGCUUCAAUAUCCCACGCGUGGCCGAGUUCUACGGCGCAACGGAGGGUAACGCCAACAUUGUCAACAUCGACAACACGGUCGGUGCGAUCGGGUUCGUGUCCCGCAUCAUCCCGAUAGUGUACCCCAUCUCGAUCAUCCGUGCCGACCCGGCCACCGGCUACAGUGAGCCGCUGCGUGGCAAGGACGGCCUGUGUCAGCUGUGUAAACCGAACGAACCGGGUCUGUUCAUCGGCAAGAUCAUCCCGAACAAUCCGUCCCGGGCGUUCCUCGGGUACGUCGACAAGGGUGCGACUGAGAAGAAGAUCGUGCGUGACAUCUUCCGCAAGGGUGACGCGGCCUUCCUAUCCGGCGACCUGCUGGUAGCGGACGAGCGGGGCAGUCUGUUCUUCAAGGAUCGCACCGGCGACACGUACCGCUGGAAGGGCGAGAAUGUGUCGACGAGCGAGGUCGAGGCGGAGGUGAGCAACGCGGUCGGCUACCGGGACACGGUCGUGUACGGCGUGGAGGUGCCCAACCUGGAGGGACGCGCCGGAAUGGCCGCCAUCCUCGAUCCCGACCGGCAGGUCGACCUGGAGCAGAUGGCACGCACGCUCAAGGACACGCUGCCUUCGUACGCACGGCCACAGUUUGUGCGAUUGCUGUCGAAGGUCGACAUGACCGGCACGUUCAAGCUGAAGAAGCUGGACCUGCAGCUGGAGGGCUUCGACCCAAGCGUGAUCGAGGACUCCGUGUACUACCUGACCAGCAAGGGCCAGUACGAGCUGCUGACGCCGGAAAUAUACGAACAAAUUAAAAAGGGCACGGUGCGAUUGUAGGAAAGAAUUCUAUCAAAUGUUAUCAUUCUGCACAUUUAGUAUGAAACAGUGCGCAUCGUUUUGUUCUGUUUUUGUUUUGUUACAAUAUAUUUUGUACUGAAGGCUGUUUUUUUCUACUAAGAAUAACUGUGACAUUUUCCAUAACAUAUUAUUGCACAUGACUCGUUCUUUACGAUUUGGCCGACGACGGGCAGGGCUGAGCGGAGCAGCUGGAGCAUAUUACAACGUACUACUUCUGAUAGAACUAUUUUCUUAAAAUGGUGACUGAAAACAAUGUUGACACAUUAUUUUGUACGUUUAAGAAGGAAGACUUUAGAGAGCCUAAAGAGUAGCUAAUUGUGUAGGGAAGGAAACUGUGGUGUUAUUGUGGAGCCAGAAAGAAGGGGUGUACUUGAACCAUGCAACGACGAUAAUAAUAUAUGCAAUAAAGAGUGUGAACCCAGCAGAAAAGGUUAGAGUGAAAUCCCCUUUACCAAUUACCAGACUUUUUGAAAUCCAUUUAUCACAAGUUUUUAAAUAAAAUUGUUCAAAUUUUUACCUCCCUUUGUAACAUACUGGUUGCAGUUAGGUAGGAUCAGAAAAGUGUUAUCAAAUAAAAUUCAAUAAAAAUGCAUUUU